AUGACAGAAUGGUGGGUUAAAUAUAAAGGAACAAUUCCAAGCGCAGGGCUUAGCUUCCCUGAAGACGACUGACUUGAUCUCCGCUCAAGUGCAGGCUAUAAGCUUCAUACAUAUAGAUAUCCUGCCAAUAACCCUCGGGCUCUUAUCUUUAUUUUCCACUGUCUGCAUUCAGCUACCAGCUCAUAUUCACAUUUUGCAAAAAAAUUCGCUGAACAAGAAUUCGCAGUUUUUGGCUUUGACCAGCCUGGCCACGGUAGAAGUGAAGGUCCUAAAGGCAAUAUACGAGAUUUUGACGAUUUAGUUAACAACGGAAUUGAAUUUAUAUCAAAAACCAAAGAGCAUUACCCUGAUGAAACGCCCGCUUUCAUUAUUGGAGAAAGUAUGGGUGGGACUAUUUGUAUUGAUAUAGCAUUAAGGAUCCCUACAAUGAUAAAUGGGAUGAUUUUACUAGCCCCAGCCUUAGGUGUAAAUCCAGACCUUGCCCCGUUUUUAGUGAAAUUAGUCAGAUGCUUCGCAUGGUGUUGGUCAGGAAUGCCACUUAAAGGGACUGACCCUAAUUUAGCCUGCAGUAACCCUAUAAAUGCUCAGUGGUGGGAAGAAAACCCUGAUACUUAUUUUGGGCGGCUUAAUGCUGGGACUGGUGCUGCCCUUUUAAGAGGAUUUGAAGAGGUCCAAGAUCAGAUCGGAAACGUUACUACACCCUUUAUCCUUUUUCAAGGUGGGCAUGAUGCCAUUGUAAAUGAGCAACAAGCAAGAGAAUUUGUGAAAAAUUCAAAAGUGGAGGAUAAGGAGUAUGCAUUUUAUAAAGAAAUGUAUCACGCUGUUUCUAAUGAGCCACAAGUUUAUGAAAUUAUAGAUAGAAUUUUAGAAUGGAUACAAGAAAGGGUAUAA